UUGCUGUGUGCAGUUAAUGCGAGUGUCGAUGUUUUGGGCGAUCUUCAGACUUCAAUAUUGAAUAAUAUCUUCCGACUUCCUUUGUGUAUUAUAUUAUUUAAAAUGUGGUCAAUUAUUGCUUUCCGUGACAAUUCUGUGGAGGUUGUUCCAUCAAAAUGGUAUGAUAGUGGAGUCUGUGCAUGGCCUAAAAGAAAUUUAAAACAAUGCAUAGAUCAACAAUUGUCUCCAAAUUUAAAAGAAUUUAGAUAUUUGAAAGGCCGAAAAUUAGGGAAUGAUACAAAGGAUUUUAAUAUUGCUCAAGAAAAGGCCAACAUUGCCAAGACAACAUCAGAUUUAUCUACUAAUGAAUCAUCUCAUGAAAAUGAUAAUAAUAAAGAGCAUAGUGGUAACAAACAAAAGAGAAGAGUAUGUCAGCAAGAAGUCCAAUCCAAAAAAAGUUUGUGGAGUCCAGGCUCAAGUGAUAUUUUUGACGAUAGUGACACUGAUCCACACUAUACUUUACCUAAAAUCAACCAAGGCACAUCAUUAUCUCCUCAAAUAAAGUCAACGAAACCUCAAAAUAUACCCUUAACAUGGCCUCAACAGCCCGUCAGAAAGAAGCUUCACUUUGACAAAUGUCUUAAAAAUGCCAAUCAAAAUGAACAAACACCUGAUGACCAAACUACUAUCAUACAUACAUUAUCCUCUCCAUUUAAAGUUUCAACCAUCAAUAAUGCUACUAUCACAAGUACUCCACUACAAUCUAAUUCUAAGAUUCCAACUUCAAAUGAUAAUAUUGAAAUUUUUGACAAACUAAACCGAAACAUUUUAAACAUAAAAUAUGAAGUAAAAUCUUUGCAUGAUAAAAUUGAUAAGCUGGAAAAUCUUAUAGUAAAUAUCAGAUCUAAUACAACUGAAUACAGUAAUGAAGAUGCCACUAAUCAUGAUAUAGAUUCAUUUCAAUAUAUUAUAAACAAUGAAUUUCCUUUGAAAGAUGAAGACUCUCUUCAAAAAUUUGAAGAUAAACUUAUUUUUGAUCCAAACUUCAAACCUCAAAUGGUUAAUGAACUAAGUCGAUAUGUCCGUAAUACACUUCCAAGUACCAUUAGAUCAAUGAUGCGUUAUCUUUUCAACGAUAAUUUAUUGCAAGAAUAUAGUUACAAAGGACAGAAAAAGAAGAAAAUAUUUUCAACAUUAAAAUCAUGUUCCAUUAUAUUUGAUUCUGUAAAACAAAUGAAAAGAUACCAGAAAUAUGAUAAAAUUGAUGUAGAACAACCAAUAAAAAUUUUCAUUGCUGGAGCUAAAUUUCGGGGAAAAUAUAAUAAGCCAUCUCAAGAAGACUUAUCAGAUAAUUAAUAAUAUCUAUAUCAAUUGUAUGAUUUAAUGUAAUAAUUAUUCUCAGUAAUGACAUACAUCAUAAACAUACAUGUAAAUUAAAAAAGAUUUUUUUUUUUG